AAAACUUACAGCAGUGUGCUCCAGAGAAAAAAAACAAACUACAACUCCCUGCAGGCUCAGCGGCAGCUGACCACGCCCCCAAACAAUAACAGCAACCAAUAGGAACGCAGAGGGGUCGAACGUGAGCUUUAGAAUCCGCGGAUAACCUGAUAAGAGGUGAUAACAGCCCUGGAAUUCAUUUAUUGAUACAGUUACAGCAGAGUGUUUCCGGCAAUAUGCCUGAAGGUCCAGAGCUCCAUCUUGCCAGCAUUUUUGUUAACACUAGAUGUGCCAAUUUGCACUUUGCGGGAGCUGUAGAAAAAUCUGAGGUCAGUAAGAACCCAGAGGUUCCUUUCUGCUGCCCCGACUUCACAAUCAGUUCAGUGUCUCGUGGAAAAGAAGUGAAGCUCAUCCUUACUCCGGUAGAAGAUGGACAUGAGCCCACCCACAUUCUCUUCCGAUUUGGUAUGUCAGGAAGUUUCACCAUGACGAAUAAGGCCGAAAUCCCCAAACAUGCCCACUUACGUUUCUACACAAAAGGUGUUCCUCGCCAAGUUCUUUCUUUUGUGGAUCCCAGGCGCUUUGGUUCCUGGGAAGUGAACGGUUCGUGGCAGCCAGAACGUGGCCCAUGUGUGAUGCAGGAAUAUGAAAAAUUCAGGGAGAACGUCUUGAAAAAUCUGUCCGACAAAGCCUUUGAUAAACCGAUUUGUGAGACUUUACUUAACCAGAAAUACUUCAAUGGCAUCGGGAACUACCUGAGGGCAGAGAUCCUGUUCCGGUUACAGAUUCCUCCAUUCAUGCCGGCUCGCACUGUGCUGGAAGCUGUAAAGCUACACAAUCAGAACAGUGAUCUCUCCCUUAGUAAGAAAGUGAAGAUUAAGAAGGAAAACCCAGAUCUGCUGCAGCUCUGUCAUUUGGUGCCUUAUGAGGUUAUUAAUCUAGGUGGAAAAGGUUAUGGUCCUGGUGAUUCAGAUUAUUCAGAAUUUGAGAAUUGGUUGCAAUGCUACUUUGCUCCUGGAAUGAAAUCUCUGAGAGACAGCAAUGGGAGGACCAUUUGGUUUCAGGGGGACCCAGGACUACUUGCUCCUAAAGGGAGCAAAGCACGGAAGCAACGCAAGUCUGUUGAUAAAGAGCCAAGACCUGCAAAGGUUGUAAGAACUGUAACGAAACCUAAAAUUGUUGUAAGCAAAGAGAUCAAGGUGAAGAAAGAGGAAGUGGAGGAAGCAGUGAUUGACGAUAGAGCACCCAAGGUCUCCCGGAAAAAGAGAGGACUGAAAGAAGUGAAUGGAGCGGAGAAAGAGCGUAAAGUUAAAAAAGAGAAACCGCAAAGAGGAAUAAAAGGUGAGGAAGGAGAAGAGAAAGAGAAGAUUGCUAGGAGAGGAUCCCAACGAGGGUCUGCUCUGAAAACUCCUGUUCGAAAACAGAGGGGCAAGUCUGUGUCUGAGGAGCCUAUGCCUGUUAAAGUGAGACCACGGCGACUAAAGUCUGACAGUUUGUCCUUAUCACGGGACUCUCCUAAACCAAGACCAAGGGCUCUAAGGAAAAAAGUUUGAUGUGGAAUUCCUACUGAACACACAUCUUGACCAAGUGCCUCAAACAUCUUGUUUAAUCUGUCACCGAUGCUGAAAUAUAU